AUGAAUUCCACAUCACUGAAACGGAAGGCGGUACAGCAGGAGAAUGAGCAACCAAGCAAGCUCGCUGCGAUUGCAGAGACGGACGCCAAUCAGCCACUGCGACCCUCGAAGACAGCAGUCAACAAGCUCGGGAAGGGCCCACCGCCUGCGACAAAACCAAGGGCUCCAGUUUUGAGUACCUCGACGAGGAGGAUAGAGCGAGCGACGAGUGCACCACCCAAGUCGACGACAGCCGUGGUGCGACCGACGGUGACCAGACCGACGCGGGUGGCCUCAGCAUCACAGCAGGACAAGCGCUUUCAGUCUCUUCAGGACCAGGUAUCGUCUAUCGAAGCUGCGCGUGCGGCAGAUGCUGCUCGUCUUGCCGCCGCCAUGGAGAGCGAGCGCACCAAACGCGAAGAGCUGGAGGCCAGCCAUCAGGCCCUAUAUCGACAGCUCGCCGCUGCCAAGUCGCACGAAGACUCGCAGCGGAAGGAGCUUGAUAUCGCCAGCGAUGAGCUCCAGCAGAUUCGUAGGCGACACGAGCGGGAGAUAUCUGAGUUGGAAGAAGACGCGCGUCGACACCAGCGAGAGUUGCGGGACGUCAGGGAGGAGCUGCGUUUGUGUCAGGGAGAUCUCGACCGUGAGCGCGAGGUCACGUCAAAUCUCAAGUCCACCGUUUCCUUGCAGUCCACAGCUCAGCUUUCUCUCACCGCACAGAUCUCGGCACUUCAGGCUGACAACUCUGCGCUGCAGGCAGAACUCCAGCGGCUGUUGGGCGUGAAAUCUGACCUCACCUUGCAGAUAGAGACGCUGGAGAAGGAAGCGGAGAACCUGAGACGGGAGGGGCGCGAAGGCGAAAGUAUGCGGCGGAAGCUCCACAAUAUGGUGCAGGAGCUGAAGGGCAAUAUUCGCGUCUUCUGCCGUGUGCGCCCUCUAUUACCAUCGGAUGUCCCACCAGUAGAUCUUUGCAGGUCGGUUUCGUCCUCCGCAGGAAGCCCCUCUAGCACCCCCAGCCCCGAUCCAGAGGAUGAGGCCAAACGAAGAGAGGAAUGUAUGGCACGUAUCGAGUAUCCUGACAAGAUGGAUCAUAAGGAAAUCAUGCUCAGUUCGUCGAGCGAAAGCGCGACUGGCCAGGAACGCAAGGAUGAGUGGGGCUUCAGCUUCGAUCGGGUUUUCGAACCUCAUGCGACGCAGGCGGAGGUCUUUGAAGAUAUCUCUCAGUUGGCUCAAAGUUGCACAGACGGAUAUAAUGUCUGCGUGUUCGCUUAUGGUCAGACGGGCUCUGGAAAGUCGUUCACUAUGGAAGGCGGCCAGACGGAAAUCAACACAGGCAUGAUCCCCCGUGCCGUGGAACAGGUCUUUCAAGUGACAGACGAGCUCAAGACGAAAGGCUGGGAAUACAAGAUGGAGGGCCAGUUCCUUGAGAUUUACAACGAGACAAUAAACGACUUACUUGGGAAGGGUGAAUUCGACAAGAAGAAACACGAUAUUAAGCACGACGCCAAAACGGGCCGUACGACCGUCACCGAUGUGAACGUCAUUCCUCUCAGCUCACCCGUACAAGUGCGGGCGUUGCUUGCGCGUGCUCAGUCACGGCGCACGGUCGCGGCAACGCUCAUGAAUGAGCGCUCUUCGCGGUCUCACUCUGUUUUUACUUUGCGCAUCUACGGCGAGAACACGCUCACUAGCGAAGUGUGUGAGGGUAGCCUCAACCUCGUCGACCUUGCUGGUAGUGAGCGACUGGAGAAGAGUGGUGCGGCCGAGAACAAGGAUCGCCUAAAGGAAACACAGAACAUCAACCGCAGCCUGAGUGCCCUGGGUGAUGUGAUUGCCGCGCUUGGAGAGAAGGGGGAUGGCAAGAGCGACAAGCAUAUUCCAUACAGGAACUCCAAGCUGACAUAUUUGUUGCAAAAUUCUCUGAGUGGCAAUUCGAAGACUUUGAUGGUCUUGAAUCUGUCCCCUUUGGCGAGCCACCUGAAUGAAUCAUUAUGCUCUCUGCGUUUUGCAACGAAGGUCAACAAUACAACUAUAGGAACAGCGAAGAAGCAAAGCAAAACCGCGAACUCAUGA